UGACGUCAAAACCGGGACCAGGCUGAAAGGUGCUGGCAGGCGCUUCGUGCCUACUCGGAUUUUCCCUCGGGUCUUUCCGUGACUGUUUGAGGGAAGCCCCUCCCCGCUCCGUUUCGGCGUUGUUUGGGGACAGAAGGAAGAUGGCGGCGGUCCCGCUGUACUGUGUCUGCCGGCAGCCGUACGAUGUGAGCCGGUUCAUGAUCGAAUGCGACAUUUGUAAGGACUGGUUCCAUGGCAGCUGCGUCCAAGUCGAGGAACACCAAGCAGUGGAUAUCGAUGUCUACCACUGCCCCAACUGCGAUGUCCUCCAUGGGUCCUCCUUGAUGAAGAAGCGGAGUAACUGGCACCGGCAUGACUACACGGAGCCCGACGACGGCACGCGGCCGGUGCAGGCCGGCACCUCCGUGUUCGUGCACAAGCUGCAGGCUCGCACCUUUCCCAGCGCGGAUGAGAUCUUCGUGCAGCUGCAGGGCAGCCAGGUGACCCAGAGGUACCUGGAGAAACAUGGUUUUCACUACCCCAUCAUGGUGGCCAAACUGGACGGGCUGGGACUGAAGGUGCCGAGUGCGGACUUCACCGUCAGGGAUGUGGAGCAGUACGUUGGUGGAGAUAAAGUCAUCGAUGUCAUUGACGUGGCCAGACAGGCAGACAGCAAAAUAAAGCUCGGCGAGUUUGUGAAAUAUUUCUGCAGUCCCCAUCGGCCAAAGGUGCUGAAUGUCAUUAGCCUGGAGUUCUCCGACACCAGGAUGGCAGAGCUGGUGGAGGUGCCGGACGUUGCCCAGAAGAUGUCCUGGGUGGAGAACUACUGGCCCGACGACUCCUUCUUCCCCAAGCCCUUUGUGCAGAAGUACUGCCUGAUGGGCGUGAAGGACAGCUACACGGACUUCCACAUAGACUUCGGGGGCACGUCCGUGUGGUACCACGUACUCUGGGGCGAAAAAAUCUUUUACUUGAUUGAACCGACACAAGCGAACCUUGCACUGUAUGAGGAGUGGAGCUCCUCCCCCAACCAGAGCGAAGUCUUCUUCGGGGAGAAGGUGGACAAGUGCUAUAAGUGUGUGGUGCAGCGGGGAACCACCCUCCUCAUCCCCACAGGCUGGAUCCACGCUGUUCUUACCUCUCAGGAUUGCAUGGCCUUUGGGGGAAACUUCCUUCACAACCUUAACAUCGGCAUGCAGCUCAGGUGCUACGAGAUGGAGCGACGGCUAAAGACUCCAGAGCUCUUCAAGUUCCCCUACUUUGAGGCCAUCUGCUGGUACGUGGCCAAAAACCUGCUGGAGACCCUUAAAGAAUUACGGGAGGACAACUGCCAGCCUCCAUCUUACCUUAUGGAUGGAGUGAAAGCUUUAAUUACUGCACUGAGGAGCUGGAUAAAGAGGGAGGUCACAGAGCCGACCAGCGAGGUUCCCGAUCACAUCAGACCCAACCAUCUCAUUAAGGAACUGAGCAAGGAGGUGCGCUACCAGGAGGAUGAGCAGGUAGGUGGCGGCUUCAAGUCAAGCAGACCUCAGGGAAGCGGCUCGUGCCCCGUGACACGCUCGAUAGGAGAGCGGGGCUCUCGGGCGCGCAGGACUGCCCGGCGACUGCGGGACCACGCCGCUCCCAAGCCUCCCUCCAGCCUAGACGUCUUGGAGCUGCAUACGCGGGAGGUGCUGCGGAGGUUGGAGGUGGCCCCUUUCCAGGAGGAUUUUGCCAUCUGCUCCAGGGUGAAGGGGAAGUUCAACAAGGCUGCCGCGGUGUCCAUGGCCGCUGCCGAGAGGUGCCUGCAGAACAACCUGCGCUUGGUGAUGUGUAAUGGACAGAUCAUCAAAGAUGAGAGGCGGCACGUCACAGCGAAGAGCUUAGGGGCACGGCAAAGCGAGAGGCCGCCAAUCCGGCAAAAUGAUGGAGCCGAGAUCAAGAUGGAGGCCGCUGAUUUGGGGCAGGAAACACCGGGCGCCGUCAGGGAGGAAGCAGAGCCUGCCUGCCUCAGUGAUAUUUUGGAAAGCGUCAAAUCAGAACUCAGGAAUGAACUAUCAGGACACUCGGAUAUUUCGGACUCCGCGUCCGAGAGCAGCUGCGCACAGCAGAAGGACUCCUCUGAGGAGUCUUCAGGAAGCUCGGAGGAGGAGGAGGAGGAGCGCCGGGCAGAUUCCUCACCAGGCAAGAUGCGGGGUGGUUCCAGGGGCAUAGCGGACCUGUACCAAGCCAGCCAGAGGAUCCACCAUCAAGACAAGCUUCUCAAAAGGGAACGUCCCACCUCACCAAGCACGGAAGAAGCCAUUGAGGGCAUGUUGUCCAUGGCGGGUUUACUGUGCCCCAAACCUGAAGAUGGGGCCACCUUGCAGGAGCCCUGGUGGUCAAGCCCAGCUCAUGGCUCACCUGAGUGUGGCGGAGCGGAGCUCAUCUCUGAAGGAGAGAGUCAGGGCGACUCUGACAGCAACUCUACCUUCAACCAUCAGGAUGAGCGGCGGAACCACAAGCAUAGCGGAGAGUCCUGGGCGGGCGGCUCCACCCCCCUACACCAGGAUGACUGUUACCAGUACACUGAGAUCUCCCUGUCGCCCCCGCUGCACCCCACCAAGAGGCCCACCUGCAACCCCCCGCCCGUCAGUAACCAGGCCACGAAAGGUAAGCGACCCAAGAAGGGUAUGGCAACCACCAAGCAGCGGCUGGGCAAGAUCCUGAAGCUGAACCGACAGAGUCGCUUCUUUGUGUAGCGGAGCAGAAAGACUGCCCCCCCCACCCCCGCCCCCCUCCAUCCAACCCCACCCCCUUCCAGUCUUCCCAGUCUGACUGUUACGGGUUAUGUUACUAUGGGAUCUGGGGCUACGUGUGCAGGGAGACCGACCCCCCCCACUCGGGUCUCAGGGUGCAGCAUUCCUAUGCUGUUCCUUCACAAAGACAGGAAGGUGCAGGAACCUGACGCGGAUUGCUUGCUGUGGAAUCGCUGGGACUCCGUCUCUGACGUCACAGAGGCCACGUUGUGGGCCCAGGCAGCUUGGGGGACCAGGGAGGGGGGGCAGCUAAACCACAGAGGAAGCCUUUGGGUCUCAUGGUUACCUGGGCCCCAUGUGCCAAGCUGAGAGCACACUAAUGACUGGAGGAGGACCCUGGUUUUACUUCCCAGUCGCUCAUCCUUCGUUUUUCCCUUGUGUUCUCCCACUUCUUGGGGUCGCUCUCAUCCGCUGUGCCCAUCUGGCAGCGGCUGUGCCCCCCCCCCUUUAUUUUAAAAUAUAGGAUUGUAGCACAACAAAGGUGCCGAGACAAACUGCUGUUUGAAAUGGUGCUCAAGGUUGUAUAUACCUCCGUUCCCUUGACCCCCCAAUCCAUUCGUUCCAGCAAUAACGUGGGUGAGGAUGUGGACAGAACUCGUAUUCCUUGGGUCUCCAGUUUUCCGGAGCCUCACAGUCCAGUACAGAGCUGUUCAUUUAUUCGCCAUCAUUACAGCUCUUCAGGGAACGUUGUUGAGGCGGCCCUGCAUCGCCGUGUUCAGCUUUCACCGUGAUCCCGUGCUUUUUCUGCCUGCUCUGCUCUCCAGAGCACGAUCCCUCCAAAUGUCUACACAUAUCCCUCAGACGAGCUUAGUUUGCAGCUCCUAAUUGUAUAAUGGUUUGAAAUAACUGAAACUCAUUUCUACACUUUUCUUUCAUACACAAAACAUAUUAAUACCUCAAAAAUACAGUGACCAUCGUCAGAAAUGUUCAGCAUCAAGGAAUGCCGAUUUCUUUGUCGCCAUCUAUUGGAGGGAGGAAGACCUGCAGUUUGAGAAUGCUGCUGUCGGCCAGAAAAUAUUUCUCAAAGGACAAAAAAGUUUACUGAAGCAUUAAAUGUACAGGGAAAAAUCCCACUUAAUUUAUUUCAUAUUUCUGUUGGUAUUGUUUUAUGGCUUUUGAAUGGUGUAUUUAUUAUUGAAAGAAUAAUUGUUUUGUUUGAAUGUGAAGACAACCUGUGUACAGUUUAAUGCAAAGGAUUGAUUUUGUUUUUUUUUUUAAUCAGUCCACAUGAUUUUGUACUCGAGCUUUUGAAGAGGAAGCUCUUUGUGUGGCUAUCAGUUUGAUGACACUACUGCUGGUCUUCUGGCUUUCGUGGUUUCCUUCUCAGUUGCUAAGUUGCUAGUCUCUGUUAGCUUUAGCUUUUGUACAAACUGAAAGUUUGAAGUCCCUAGUUCAUGUUGCUUUGCUGACGUGCUGUACUAUCUCCAUCCCUGCGUCUGUGAUGGGCCCUGUAGUGUUGCCGCUAAUGGCUGGCUUGUGGCUUGUGGCUUGUGGACGUGUGCUGAGUAUCUCCUUCUCCCUCCGUUUUUUUUGUUUUUGGUGGUCCAUGACUGUUUUAGCAGAACAUUCUGCUGUUUUUUUAUGCUGUCGUCAACCCCCCCCCCCCCAAAGAUGGAGUCAGUCUCCAUUACACGACAGGGCUAGGGCUCCCAGUGCAUCUGAGACCUUCAUCCUGUCCACACUCUUCAUCACUUUAUUACUAUUAUUACUUUUCCCCCUAAACCCUCACUUUAAGAUGCCAGCAGGUUUAGUUGGCGAUUUUGUGAGGCUUGUAAGUUGAAAUCCCUGCUUCCCAUGUUGGUUUUUUUUUUAAAUACCCUCAGUGACCUCAGGUAAAAGUUUAUAGCUCUUCUACUGCAAAACCUGCCAUGUUUCGCGUUCUUGGGGCACCGAGCCAGUCUUUCUCAGGGACCGACGCCGCUGUCACUAGCAUUAGCCGCGCUUCUCGCUCUCUCUCUCUGUGAAGGUUAUCUUCAGACAUUAGUUCUUGUGUGGGAAUUGAAGAGCACCCUCUUGUCCUUGCCGCCAAUCCGCUCGCCCCCAACCCCUGCCGAUGCCUGCAGAAUUUCUCCCCCCCCUCUGUUGUCGUAAACACCAGCACAGACUCGUACAGACCGUACCUCUCUGCCAUCUAUUGCUUUUGCCUGCUUAUGCCACUUCUAGGCCCAAAGUGAGUGUGAAUGGGGAUUGACGUCUGCCUGCGCUCCACGAUUCCGAUAACAAAUGAACUAUUUUUAUUAAUCAUUUAAGGAGUGCUGCAGGAAGUUGAAACGCAUGUUUUUCUGUCGUGGUGACUUCUAUGAAAUCUGAGCGUCUGAACUUAACGCACAGGGUAACACCAACAAGAGAGGCCUUACGUGAUGUCAGGACGACAUCACUACCUUUAGCGUAAGUUUCCCAGGGUGCGCCGCUGGUACCUUUUCAAUCAUAUCUGACUGGAAAGCGGAGUUCCAGGUCUCUCCCAGUCUCUACACACGACCUCCAAGUAGCCAAAAGUGCAAUUUGUUUAUCCAGGUGACCAACACUAGUGGAAAUCUUGGCUCUAAAGUUUCUACUUUCUGGUUUUUCUGCAUGUUUUUUCCUCCACUCUCUGUCAGAUUGCUAAAAAUUGCCACUAUGUCUUUAUUCUUUGGCUUUUUGUUUCCAUAAAAACCACAUAUGAUCAGGCGCCAAUUGAUAAAUUAUAAUUGGCAGGGUCUGUCUUAUGCAGUGCUAUAAAUUGUACAGUAUUUGCCUAUUGUAUUUUUUGAUAAACUUAAAUUUGCAGUUUGUUUACCCAACCAUUAUUUCCUCCACUCAUCUGUAAAAGGAAAUUCCAAUUAUAACUUUUGUCUUGCAGUUCUUCACCGUUUCAGUGUCUUUAUACACAUUAAUUUCUGAAUUAAAAAUGCUUGUAAAUAUUAAAAUAGUUCUAACAGUU